AUGCCUGAAAAAGAAAAAGACGAGUUACAAUUGCCUCAGUGUGAGAUAUGUAUGAAAGUUUUAAGUAAUGAUAGUAUGAGGCCCAAUUGCCUUGAAAGGCAUUUGAAGCAACAACAACUCUGGUUUGAAGACGAAAGAAUUUUUUCUUCUAAAGCAGAAUCACUCAAGCGGAUGAGACUGGAUAAAUCGAGAAGUUAUCAUAUAGCAAAGAAACCUCGUACUAUCGGUGAAGAAUUAAUAAAACCAUGUGUCCUAAAAGCUACGCAGAUAAUUCUAGGAGAAGGUACAGAGCAAAAAAUAAAGUCUAUUUCUUUUUCAAAUAAGACAGCCAAGCGUAGAAUCGAUGACAUUGCAGCACACAUAAGGUCACAAAUAAUUAACAAAGUAAAAUUAUCGCCAUUUCUUGCCAUUAGUUGCUAUGAAUCCACCGACAUCGUUAAUUGUGCACAGUUAAUAGUUUAUGUCCGCUACAUCGACUGA